UUCUUCUUCUUUGUUGGAACAGCUAUCGCAUUAAUUUUAAGCAUUACACAAAUACCAAUAUUACCAUUCAUUUUCACGAAAUUACAAUUUAAUUAAGCAAAGGAAAAGUUAGGGAAUGAAUAAAGGAGCAAAUAAACAGGGGAGAGAGAGAGAGAGAGAGAGAGAGAGAGAGAGAGAGAGAGAAGAGAAGAGAAGGCGGCGACCUCCAAUUCCAAAGAUUUUAACUGCGAGGGCCAAAGCUUCAACCUGAUUUGCAGAGAGAAUCCGAGAGACGACAGAAACGCGAAGAACAGAAACAGCUAAAAGAAGAUAGUGAGAGAGAGAGAAUUCUUUCUUUCCCUCCUUGGAUAGUUCCACUGUAGCCAAGGAAUCAUGCGCAGCUCAGGAUCGAUUGUUUGAUUUUCUGGGUUUUGGUUUUUUUCCUUGUCUGUGAACUGGGUUUCGACAAGUUUUUCGAAUCGGAAUCUGGGGAUCUGGUUCUCGGAGCUGGAAAAGGUGUGGUCUUGGGUUGAUGUUCUUGCUGUUCUGGGUGAUGAAUUGAGUGGAAUCUUGUUCGAAUCUACAAUCUGAGUCCACUUCUCAUUGGAUUUGGAUCGAUUGAUUUGAUUCGGAAUUCGAGAGUCUACGACUUUGCGUUCGUGGACGAAAAGAGGGAAUUUUCGAUCGUCCUCUGCUGAAUCCGUCUCGGUGAUUUGGGUUUGGCAGAUUGAAGAUCCUUUUAGCUCGAUCGGUUCUCUCUGCAUUCUUGUUGUUUUGUGCUGCUUCGUGUUUUUCCGUCGGGGGAUCUGGAUUGAAUCCUGGCGUGGAAUCGAUCUGCUUCUAACAUCAUAAGCUGUACGGCGAAGACAUGUUGGAAGAUCGAUCACUAGACUCUUGUCUGUUGUUUAGGGUUUUCUCGAGCUCCCGUCUCUCUGAAUCCAAGUGGUCUUUCAUGCAUCCAGGAGGGGCCUCGGAUAACAAGCUCGCUAAUGGAAAACGAGCGUCGGAGGUUGUUGAUGUUGAGCUUGAAGAUAGCCUGAGGAGAAGCAAGUCCCUGAGGUUAAUGGGUUGUUCCAUUACCGAGCAGAAAGAGGUGUCUGAUUCUGACAACGGAAGUGAUUCUGUCUCUCUGUGCCGAGAGAAAGGCCAGUCUGAUUCCGAGGUUGGUGGGAACGUGGUGGAUUAUCUCCCGAGUGGAGAGGAGCAAACAGAUGGUAUCACUGUCAAUGUUGGAACUUCUACUGGACAAGAGAAAGAGCAAUCAGAUUCAAGCAAUGAUGGUGGGGAUUCAUCCGACUCGCACUCCCUUAUCCAGGGGAUUGGUCGGGACAACUCGAUAAACUGUCUGAUCCGUUGCUCGAGAUCUGACUAUGGCUCUAUUGCAUCCUUGAACAGGACCUUCCGUUCUUUGGUAAGGAGUGGUGAGAUCUACAGACUGAGGAGGCAGAAUGGCUUUGUGGAGCACUGGGUGUACUUCUCUUGCCAACUCCUGGAAUGGGUGGCUUUCGACCCGGUCUCAAGAAAAUGGAUGCAGUUACCAACCAUGCCUUCCAGUGUCAUCUUCAUGUGUUCUGACAAGGAAUCUUUGGCUGUCGGGACCGAUCUACUGGUCUUUGGAAAAGAUCACUCUUCCCAUGUGAUAUACAGAUACGACCUGCUGACUAAUUCUUGGUCUUCAGGUAUGAGAAUGAACUCUCCAAGGUGUCUGUUUGGCUCGGCCAGUCUCGGAGAAAUUGCAAUCUUGGCCGGUGGUUGUGAUUCUCAAGGAAAGAUCCUGAAUUCUGCGGAGAUGUACAAUUCUGAGCAUCAGACUUGGACAACCCUCCCAAGGAUGAAUAAGCCGAGGAAAAUGUGUUCAGGGGUUUUCAUGGACGGGAAGUUCUAUGUCAUCGGGGGAAUUGGUGGCAACGACUCUAAGCCCCUUACCUGCGGGGAAGAAUAUGAUCUAGACACCAAGAAAUGGACCGAGAUUCCCGAAAUGUCACCCCCAAGGAGCAAUGCUGCAAGGGAGAGCGAGAUGCCGGCUGCGGCAGAGGCACCGCCCCUUGUUGCAGUGGUUAAUAACCAGUUGUAUGCUGCUGACCACACUGAUAUGGAGGUGAGGAAGUAUGACAAAGAGAGACGGAAGUGGUUCACCGUGGGAAGAUUGCCUGAACGAGCUGACUCGGUGAACGGAUGGGGGCUUGCCUUCAGGGCUUGCGGGGAACGUCUGAUCGUGAUUGGUGGGCCAAAGAAUUCGGGUGGAGGGUUCAUAGAGCUGAACUCAUGGAUACCGAGCCAUGGCCCUCCGCAGUGGACGCUGCUCGAUAGAAAACACUCUGCUAAUUUCGUUUACAAUUGUGCGGUUAUGGGAUGCUGAAAAAAAGAAAGAAAAGAAAACAGAAAAAGAGGAUACAUGUGAUCAGAUUCAUCAGAACAGAAGAUUCUUGCUGAUGGAUUUUUGGCUUACAACAACACUUAAUUGGACAGUAGAAUGCUUCACUUUCAUCACAAGACUCUGCAGGGAAGAGAAGGUUCCAAGCUUCUUCCAUAUUUAUUUUGCUUACAAAGUUUUCUUCCAUUGAAUUAUUUUACCACAAUCUCCGAUUUUAGAGACCAAGACAGGUUUGAGAGGGGCUCUCAGGAAACACAGAAACAGGUUUUUUUUUAAUAAGUCUGAAGAGUUUUAAGGGUUAGGGAUUGUCCCUUUAAACUUUGUUGUAUGUGUCUCAUACUAUGCUCUCGAAUCUUUCGCGGUUCUAUCCAUUUAGGAACCGGAAAGAAAGAAAGAAAAAAAGACGGAUCGAUUCAUCAUAGGCCGGUAUGUCUCAGUGUCACUCAUCUCUGUGUUUUUCUUUUUGUUACCUUCUAUUUCUCCGAAAAACGAUAGAAGAGAAAGAACCAAGAGCUCUUAUGUUGUACCAUUAGACAUUUUGGUCUUCUGUGUUUCAUAGUUUGUAAUGUAUGAUCACAUUCUGUUUCUGGAUUCGCCUUAGAACCCUGAAACUUGUACGAGGUUACAUUUUCGGAACCCGGGUUUAUUGAAUUACUCAUGAGAGCUUAAAGA